GGACACGCAUCAGGCGCUCGCGCAUUCGUGGAUCAGACCUCACAGAGGAGCAGCGGAGCACUGAUUUCUUGGAUUUCUAUUUAGCAUCUCGAGUUUGCGCAAAUCAAUUACCAGCAGCCAUUUCUAGUAAAUGAACUCGCUGUUUGUCGUUCUGUAACGGAGGAUCUACCUAAGACCUAAAAGCAUGCCACAUUUUCUCCGAUAUACCUAAUGGACAAAAAUAAUUAAAAUGCUAGAAAUAUCGGUGAUUGGAAUGCUUCAACAUAUUCUGAUUUGUACAACUAGAGACCGUUCGACUACCUGUAGGAUUGCAUCAAGCGCGUGAGGGAGGCGGUGAUGCCCAGGAGGUAAUGCGCAUUAGGAUAAUGUGACACAAUUCGGGUUUUUUGCACUCGAACGAAGGUUUUUGUGCGCAUCGUGCAGAUUUGUACACGGUGAAUAUAAGCUAAUGGAACCACCGUAAUCUCAAGGAGAGCUGAUCACACGUUGUUUUUGAACAGGCGUUGGGAUGCUCCACGUUUAUCCUUCAAACCCAGUUGAAGAUGUACAGAACAGGGGAACAUUUCCAGCAAUAUACGCGCACCUGUACCAUAAAAGCUCCGUCUGAAUGGCAUUACUUGAAUGUUUGAAUUCUUGAAAUCAAAUGGCAAUAGGUUUUGCACCUGAUGUUAAGCAAUCCGCAGUCGAUCGAAUGAAUGAUCAUUCCAUGCAUCAGUGUGCAGAGUGACUAAUCGCACUUGGACCACAAUAAGACGGGAUGGAGAAGAAUCAGACACGCGUUUUGAUUAUUGGUUUUGGGCUAUCAGAAAGCGCUCUGUAGUAAAGUUGCAGUGGUCGAACUACAGGUGCUAUAUGAAGAACAGGUCACAAGCGUUAAUUUGCCCUCGCAGAAAUGCCAGUGCGUGCUGUGACUUCCAGGUUCAUGUACAGGGGACUUUGCUCAAUUCCAGAUAUCCUCUCCUACAGGACUCCCGUCAGCCUCCCCGAGGAUGAAGUGGAGGAGAUCCGUGAAGCCUUCAAGGUGUUUGAUCGUGAUGGGAAUGGAUUCAUCUCAAAACAGGAGCUAGGAGUGGCCAUGCGGUCUCUUGGUUACAUGCCAAAUGAAGUGGAGCUGGAGGUGAUCAUUCAGAGACUGGACAUGGAUGGUGACGGUCAGGUUGAUUUUGAAGAGUUUGUGGCACUUCUCGGACCAAAACUGUCUUCAGCCGGUAUGCCUGACAGAUUUCACGGAGCCGAGUUUGACUCCAUAUUCUGGAAGUGUGACAUGCAAAAGCUGACUGUGGAUGAGCUGAAGAGACUCCUGUAUGACACCUUCUGUGACCAUUUGACUAUGAAAGACAUCGAGAACAUCAUCAUGACUGAGGAGAGUCACUUAAACAGUCCCGAGUGCCAAGUAGAUAUUGACACAAGUCCCAUGCAACAAGUCAAGCACACCUGUGUGCGCAAGAGCUUGAUUUGUGCCUUCGCCAUUGCAUUCAUCAUCAGCGUCAUGCUCAUCGCAGCCAAUCAGAUGCUUCGAAGAGGAAUGAAAUAGACAGUUCCGUUUCUAAGACAACUCAUGACUGAUAAAGGGAAACAAGAUAAAAAUGCAACAAAAAAAGCCCACUCAUUUUACUAGUUUAUAUUGGUCACAGUCUUACAAAAACACCAAAGGCUGCACUUUCGUUCUACUAUAAACCCGAGGUAAAGAGAGACUGUUGUUAGACAGACAAAAGAAUAGUUUAGCCCAAAACAACAUAGUUUAA